AUGGAGAUCACAGAGGUCCCAGUUUACGAGCUGUGUUCAAACUUCAGCUGGGCCAGAACCAACUUCCUGCUCAGACAGGAAGUGAAAACAGAAGAGUUGGAGAACCGAGCUCUGACCCCUGCUCUGGCUCCCCUUGUCCCACCUCCUCCACCUCCUCCACCUCCUCCUGUCCCACCUCCUCCACCUCCUCCUGUCCCACCUCCUCCACCUCCUCCUGUCCCACCUCAUUCUCAUGUGCUUGAAUCUCCAGAUGGUCGAAUGAUGCUAUUUCAUAUUUUCACUAUUUGUUAUGUUAAUAAAAUGUAA